ACCCUCCUAGCUAAUUCUCCUCCUCAAUCAACAGCUGUUAAGAUCGAUCAACUGUCACGUGGCAAUUCAAAACUUUACAUAUAUAUAUAUAUAUAAAAGCAUAUAUCGUUCUUAAUUUAAAGAAAGAAAGCCAUGGCACUAUCUGCUUCAAGUACUCCCACAACUCUCACCAUCACCACUAUACUAAUCCUUGCCAUUGUUCUUCCCAAGUCAUAUUCUAAUGAGGUGAACAGAUAUUGGUGCUGCUCAUCGGUGCCGGAAUCCGACGUGGAUAUUUUGGAAUUCCCCCUGAACUUAGAGUUCCUGGAAGCUGAAUUCUUCUUGUAUGGAUCUUUGGGUUAUGGGUUAGAUCGAUUUGCCCCUAAUCUCACCAUGGGAGGUCCACCACCUAUUGGUGCUAGACUGGCAAAGCUGGACAAUUUUACCCGGGAUCUUAUCAAGCAAUUUGCCUUGCAAGAAGUUGGACACUUGAGAGCGAUUCAAAGUGCAGUAAAAGGAUUCCCGAGGCCAUUGUUGGAUUUAAGUGCAGCAUCGUUUGGAAAAGUGGUGGAUAGCGCAUUCGGGCGGCCAUUGAUCCCACCUUUUGACCCUUACGCCAGCGCCCUCAACUUCCUCCUCGCAUCCUACCUUAUUCCUUAUGUUGGCCUCACUGGCUAUGUCGGAGCAAAUCCUAAACUCCAAGGUGCUUCUUCCAAAAGGCUUGUUGCAGGGCUUUUAGGCGUGGAAUCAGGGCAAGACGCAGUAAUUCGAGCAUUACUAUAUGAGCGUGCGAGGGUGAAGGUGCAGCCAUAUGGAAUAACAGUGGCAGAGUUCACAAAUCGGUUUUCAGAACUAAGGAAUAAGCUCGGACGUUCAGGCUUGAAAGAUGAAGGGCUUGCGGUUCCCCCGGUGAAGGGCGCGGAGGGCCGGAGUGUCGGCAACGUGCUCGCCGGAGACAGAGACUCAAUCUCGUACGACAGGACUCCGGAGGAGAUACUGAGGAUCGUAUAUGGGGGAGGUGAUGAGCAUGUCCCCGGUGGUUUCUAUCCAAAAGGAGCUAACGGUCGUAUUGCCAGAUCUCACUUACAUGCUGCUUGAACCUUAACUUGGUGCUAUUUUUACUUCACUGUCUGUCUGCGUUUAACCUUUGUGCAUGCCCUCUAUAUUAAUGGUAGCAAAUAAGUAUGAGGGUUUUCUUAA